AUGGCGUCGAAUGCCUUCGCCCUCCCCUCACAGCCCGAAUUACUCCAGCGAUGGGCUGGCGAGGACAUCGCCGAUUUGCCCAAGCCAGCCGCAGUUAUUGACCGAGCAAUCGUGCGCCGGAACUGCGAGCGAAUGAACCGCACGAUCAAGACUCUCGGCGUUGAAUUCAGAGCCCAUGUCAAGACACACAAGACGCUGGAAAUCGCCAAACUCCAACUGGACAAGGAGAAUCAAACUCCCAAAUUCAUCGCCUCAACCUUGCUUGAAAUCGAAACCCUCAUCGGGCUUCUGGCGGGCCUCAAGCGGGCCGGACGGUCCCCGAAUAUCCUCUACGGCAUCCCACUAGUCCCAUCCCACGUUCCCCGGCUAGCGGAAUUGGCCGCGGCAAUCGGCGAGGAUAGCGUCGCGGUGAUGAUCGACCACCCGGACCAAAUCCAAUUCCUCCAGAACUUCUCCGCCAAGGCGAAGUUCCCCGCCUGCGUCUUUGUCAAGGUUGAUACCGGCUAUCACCGUGCGGGUCUACCUCCCGCUUCCCUGAACAAGAAUGGACUGCUGGAAAAGCUGGCUGAAGCGGAGCAGGCGGGCCAUGCUAAGUUCCUUGGCCUGUACUCCCACUCGAGCCUGAGCUAUAAUGCAAACACCGCCGAGGAGGCGAUGAGGUAUCUCAUCGGGGAGAUCCAGGGUUGCAAGAUUGCGCUGAAUAGGUGGCUGCCGCUCCUGCCCAAGGACCGUGAAUUGAUUAUUAGUGUCGGCGCGACGCCGCAGGCCAUGUCUUCGCAUAAUCUUGUGCAGGGCUCGUCUUCACCUGAGGCAGAUGAGCUUCGUGCGCUGUUGCGGGAGCCUUGCGCUGAGCAGAAUGAGGCCAGCGUGAAGAUUGAGUUGCAUGCUGGUAACUAUCCUAUCUUGGAUAUCCAGCAGGCUACUACGAAUGCGCGUCAGGGUGCAGGCUCGUUUGAAGAGGAGAUUGCCAUGUCUGUCGUUGCGGAGGUGUGCAGUGUCUACCAGGAUGGCGAGCGGGAUGUACCUGAGGCUCUUGUUGCUGCCGGGACACUGGCGCUUGGCCGGGAGCCUUGUCCGAGCUAUCCUGGCUGGGGGUAUCUGUCGAACUGGAGGAUGAAGGGUGAGGCGAAGUCCGGAAAGGAUCGGUUGUUUGUUGCGCGGAUCAGUCAGGAGCACUCGAUCAUUGCUUGGGAGGAUUCUAAGAAGGAUGGGAUGCCGUUGUCGGUUGGUCAGGUGGUUAAAAUCUAUCCCAAUCAUUCUUGUGUGACAGGUUCGUUCUAUGGGUGGUACUUUGUUGUGGAUUCGGACUUGGAGGAUGCUUCGAGGGUGGUUGAUAUCUGGGUUCGGGGAAGGGGUGGUGAAUUGACUGAUCCUCUUGCCAUGACGAGGUUCCAGUGA